UGUCAAUUUCACUGUCCUAUUCGAAUUGAAUCGUGUUGAUGUUGUGAAUCUUAAAUUCUGAAAUAAUUUCUUUGCGAACAUAUUUUUCAAGUUAUAAAGGACUUUAUAAAGAGCAUGGUUUUUGAAAACAUCUUAAAUUGAAUAGAAAAAAUACAAAAUGGCGCAACAAUAUUACAAGAAGAUAUUUAUAACAGUCGGCACAACAAGAUUUGAUUUGCUUUGCGAGUAUAUUUUGACUGAGCCGGUGCUAGCGGCUUUAAAAAACAUUGGUUGUAAAGAAAUAACGUUUCAGAUUGGCAAUAGCAAUGUGGAUCCUGGUGUGAUAGAGAAGGAGGGCGUUAAGAUAAACAUGUAUAGGUUUAAGGAUUCGAUUCAAGAAGAUAUGAAAAGUGCUGACUUGGUGAUAAGUCAUGCGGGGGCUGGCAGCUGUCUGGAGGCUUUGGAAGCUAACAAGCCGCUUCUAGUGGUUGUGAACGAAGAUCUGAUGGAUAAUCACCAACUAGAACUAGCAGAACAGCUCCAAAUUGACUCUCAUCUAUAUUACUGCACAUGUGAUACAUUGAUAAGUACACUAAACAUGGUGGACUUCACUCUGCUCACUCCAUUCACUAAAGCCAAUUCAUCAAUAUUUGUUAAUUACUUAGAUAGCAUAUUAAGAGUCGAAAAUUAAGUCAACUAAGUUAUUCUGUAUGAAUUUUGAGUAAGUUGAUCAAGGCAAUUUUAUAAACUGUCUAAUAUUUUCAAAUAAAAGAUUGGUUUUAACACAAACAUUAUUUUAUUAUGUGAACAAAAUAUUUUGUAUUUUUGGCCAAAACUAUUUUUUACACUGUUACAUACAUUUACAACAUGUUAAACUUUAAGUGCUCCCAUUCAUUCCUUAUUUCUAAGUGCUGCUGUGAAGAAGACUCAAAGUAAAAGAUAUAGAAUGUGAUGCUGCAUAAUAUUUUGUAAAUAAAGUGCAAUAUAGCACCACUAGGUGACAACUAAGAAAUAAAUUAUUUUCAUAGAAUAA